UCGAAAGAGAGCCGCGACCUUCUCCCCGUCGCGCGUCUCGCGUUUCCCGUACUCGCGGCGGAUCUCGCCCGAAGGGGGUGAAAUUCGCGCGAGAGCGGCUCGCUCUUGCCGAGAUCUCAUCUUUCGCGGAUUCUUUCGCGACGAUCGCGCGGCAACAAUAUGAAAGCGCAAUACCGCAGAUUCCGUCCUCGCGAAGCCGCUUUCCGAAAGUUGACGUAGUACAACUAUACGCGACUCUGCUCUCGCGGAUCUGCUGUCUUCUCAUUGAACAUUUCCCCUCGUUUUCGCGGUUGUGUGCUCCGAAACUGUGUCUACAGCGGGAGAGAAAGUGCGUGGGAAAAAAAACGUACGAUUUACGAUCGCGCGGUGGUGGAAAAUGACACGGUGAAUGGUCCAGUGAAACAGUGUUCGGAAACACACGGCGACGGGAAUCGAUUGGACGAUAGAGUUGAAAAAUCUCGAUCGUUCGUCAAAGUCAUUAUCGCGGCGUUUGAACAAGAGAGAGAGAGAGAGAGAGAGAGGGGGGGAGAGAGAGAGAGAGAGAGUGAGAGUUGCUGUGUGAAAUCGGAGUGAAGAACACGCGAAGUGUGUUAUCUGAUAUUGAGAAUUUCAAAAAGAUCGAAUGAUCGCGCGAGGAACAUUUUGUUAUCGAUCGAUAGAGAUGAUCACCCAGCAAUAAUACUUCACUGCCUGUUUCGAAAAUAUAUCACAUUUAUCGACCGCAGUUUCGAAUUUCACCGCAAAUUCCGUCCGUGGCAGUGCUUCAAUGCUUUGCCGUGCGUAAAUUCCGCGUGAAGUAGCUUUACCUUCGUGAUAGAGGCGCCUCACUUGAAUGUUUGAGGACGUCGUCGACGGUCUCUCUCGAGGGUCUGCAUUUAAUUGCCGCAGGGUAUUGCGUUGCAAGAGAGAAACGAGAGAAGGCGGUGGAAAAAGCCGCAUACGCGCGGACAGUACGGUGUAUACGCGCGGACAUGCAGUUGCGCGGCGGCAACCGAUGAGGGAGAUGUUAAAAUUAAAAGCCACUCGUAAAACGCUCAGUCUCGCGGGUCUCGAUACGCUUUUGACGUUGCGCGAUCCGAGUUUUGUUUAGAUCGCUUCAACCGCGAUCCAUCGUCGUCUACAUUGAUGCGGAAUUGAAAGGUGGUCGGGAAAACAACUGCGAAAACCGAAAAGGGAACUCGCUCACGUUUCUGUCAUUCGACGAACAAGAACUGGCUCGAUCGUGAAAGCGAGCGAUUAGUGCGGACGUUGGAACUGCAAAAAGAAGCAAGAACGUGGAAGGAAGCGAAAUUCUCGCUCGUUCGCGACCCCCGAUAUCGGAGCACGUUCGGAGUCGGGCAAGAGUAAUUGCAAGUCGCGGGUAAAAUGCGGUGUAGCCGCGCGCGCGGCGAAAAUAACCACCGCGGCUGUAUGAUCGAUGGUGCGUCCGGUGUGUCGUGUAGAUUGCAUUAAUAACGACGAUCGGUCUAAUGCAUCGCGGGCGAUCUCACGUUCGCCGAUGCGUAGUAGCGAGAGGCGCGACGCUUAGCGCCGGUUUCCCUCACAUCGAUCAAUAUGGAUCACAUGGUAGUAAUCUUCGUCGAAAUAGUGAGUGAUAACGGUGAUGCGGAGGUUGUUUAAGUGCACAUCUGAGGUCCGAUCACGCGCGGUUAAAGUUGAACGUUAACGUCGGCCGCGAUGUAAAGCGCGAAUUCGCUUUCGUCGCAGCUCGUCAGCAGGUCAACGACGAAGUUUCUUUCUUCCACCGGAUGAGCAUUGGAUAGUCGAAAAUAAAAUCGUCGAUUGUUUCAUUUCAUUGACAAGAUCUCAAUCGAGCCGAUAGUGCGCGUCACGUAAAACCGCGACAUAUCUUUUUUAAUUCGCGGAGAAUAAUGGAAUUUCCUGGUGGUAUCGUCUUGUGAUAGUGAGCGUAAAAUUUUUUUGUCGCGUAUUUGACGUAAGUUUUCGUCGACGCGCGCGAAUUCGACUGAAUUUUUGUGCGCCACGUUCUGAUUCGUGCGACGAGUACAAAUAAAGUGAGACUGUACGCGGGCAUCUUGUUCGCGAGUGAUCUGUGCGCGAAUCUCUGCGGCGGUACGAAGUGACCUUCUGACCGCUACGAUCGAGAAGUGCGUGACAUGUCACGAUUGUUGAUGAGCGUAAUUUUGUCAGUGAAUCCAUCUUCUCCCCCCUCGCAGAAGAUUUGCGUCUUCUGAGAACGGCUGCGAUGCGUCUGAGAUAGUAUAUCAGUAUGUGAAUGAGCCACGCCGGGGAAAAGCGAUGUCUACUUCUCUCCCUACACUCGUCUGUUUUAUCAUUUGUUUUGGUGGUAUAGCGUCAUGUCUACGAAAUUUUCGGACCGAUUUUUUGGAGGAAUGGCCGACCCCGGGCACCGGGCCCACCUUCGACACCUCGAUGCAAUCCAACUUCACCGGCCUGGUGGGAAAGACGGUGCAUCUCGUGUGCAAAGUGAAGAACUUGGGGAAUCGAACGGUUUCCUGGGUGAGGCAUCGCGAUAUACAUUUGCUGACAGUUGGUCGCUACACUUAUACAAGCGACCAACGUUUCGAGGCACUACACUCUCCUCACACGGAGGACUGGACCCUGAGGAUACGAUAUCCUCAGCGCAAGGACUCCGGGAUUUAUGAGUGCCAAAUAUCAACGACCCCGCCUGUUGGCCAUCAAGUGUAUCUAACAAUAGUCGAGCCGUUAACCAUUAUAGUCGGAGCACCGGACCUCUUCGUCAAUAAGGGGAGCACCAUCAAUCUGACGUGCGUGGUAAAAUAUGCUCCUGAGCCGCCACCGUCGAUGACCUGGAGUCAUAACGGGGAUACUAUCAAUUUUGAUUCGCCGCGCGGCGGAAUCAGUCUCGUCACGGAAAAGGGUCCGGAAACAACGAGUCGCUUGAUGAUCCAGAAGGCCGUGCCGAGCGACUCCGGGAUCUAUCGCUGCGAACCUAGCAACGCGAAUCCCAGCAGCAUAAAAGUGCACGUUGUUAACGAGGAACAUCCAGCCGCGAUGCACCAUGGCGACGGAACCUCGUCGUACAGCAAGGCACGGCCGAUUUGUUUUAUAAUGUUAGUGAUAGCUAAUAUAAUGUUUAUAUAAGAACGGGAAGAGAGUAACGGAAAUCUCACCCUUACCCCGACAAAAACGAAGCGCGAUUGCCGCGGUUUGCCUAUUUAACGUCGUUAACGUUUUUUGGGUAACUAUUUGUGCAGGGUAAAAAAAAAAUCCGAACACUUACCAUUUACAUUAAAAAGAAACGAAAACAAAAAAAAACGAGAAAAACUUCCGUGACCAAAGAAUUUUCAGAUAUCAGCACGGCACAAUAAUCGGUAAGAGCGUAGUAUUUUGUUAACGUAUAUCAUCAAGAACGAAUAACUUACGACGUCAAAAUUUAUUGUAUUAUUUGUAAAUAAAUUUAUUGUAUGUACAUAUCAAUAAAACAAUUGUCUUUAUCUUGA